AUGGCGGCACCCAACAGCGCUGCUAGCCCGGUAAACGUUCCUGACCAUCACAAUGCUCUUGUUUUGGACGAAGUUGGAAAGCCAAUGCACCUUGAACUGCGGCCUACACCGAAACCUGGCCCAGGGAGCGUACUCAUCCGCAUCCUUGCUGCGUCGAUCAGAGCCAAUUCUCGUCACGUCUACCAAGACCCCAAUAGCGGCCACCCCUUGCCCACACCAUUCGUUCCCGGUUCCAUGGCUAUUGGACGAGUUGCAGAAACCGGCCCAGACGCAACGCGCCUACAAGGGGGUCAACUGGUGUUUUUCGACCCUUACAUUAUAGGCCGCGAUUCACAAGACGCCAAGUAUAUCAGUGGGCUCAUGGAAUGCGUCGAUAAAGAGAGUAGAAAACUCUCUCGCGGGGAGUGGAGGGACUCGACCUUUGCAGAAUUUGCCAACCUGCCCCUAGAGAAUUGCUUCCCUCUCGAUGAAGCACGGCUUAUAAGACCUUCUCAGGAGGGAGGGUUGGGGUAUACAGUAGACGAUCUCACACACUUAUUCAGCAUGCUGGUCCCUUUUGGGGGUCUUGCAGAUAUCGACCUCAAGGCCGGCGAAACUGCAAUCAUUGCGCCGGCAACAGGGAGAUAUGGUAGCGCUGCGGUGCAUCUUGCACUGGCUUUGGGGGCGCGGGUUAUUGCCAUUGGCCGUAACAGAACUAUCCUCCAGCAGCUAGCCACCAUACAUCCUCAACGCCUGAGUGCCAUUCCUAUUACUGGAGAUGUCGAUGCUGAUACCCAGGCGCUUCGCGCAGCAACGGGCCCCAGCGGUGCAGAUGUUUUCUGGGACAUGUCACCAUCAGGGGCUAGCUCUUCGACGCAUUUUACAAGUAGUCUCAAUGUCUUGAAACAGGGGGCGCGCAUCAGUUUGAUGGGGAGCGUCCUAUCCGGUGUCAGCUUUGACUACAUGCAGAUUAUGGUUAAAGGGCUGACAAUCAAGGGGACUUGGAUGUGCACGAAGAAGCAGACAAGAAGAUUGAUCAGUAUGGUUGAGGCAGGGUUACUGCCACUGGAUGCUCAUAGCAUGGGACCAGUUCGAAAGUUCAGGUUAGAUGAUUGGGCAGUUGCGUUCAACACUGCUGCUGAGAAAACCGAGCCUGGGGAGGUUGUCAUAGUCCCGUAG